GUGGUGGGGAUCAACCAUAUUGCUGCUAGUGGUGGAGUUAAGGUUGUAAUCCUGAGAGGCCCUCGGACACGUUUCUUUAUUUUUAUACAUGUUUUAAUCCAGCGCGGACUACUCUGCGGCUUAGACUGAAGCUCUUUUGGUCUGGGAGCGACAGAGGAGCGGCAGACUCCGCGGAAAAACUUCACAUUUCCUUGAAAUUGAAGGCGAAUUCGGGCCGGGGGGAGGACUGGUAAUCCUGAGGGGGGAAGAAAGACGGCGGUGGGAAAUGGCCACUCAGGUGGAGACUCUCCUGCCCGGCAACCCGCUUGCUAAAGCGGAGGAGCACGGUAAAGUGAUCCGCGGUGAGCCGGAGGAAGAGGAGUGCGGCCGGGGCGACGGGGCCAAGCGGCAGACGGGUGUCGCCGACCAGGGGAGCAGCAGCGGCGGCAGCAGCCCCGGGCAGGGAGGGACCCCCGGUACGGAGGAGCAAACCCCAAAACAGGCGACAGAGGAGGGCAAAGGGGGUUGCGACAGCGACGACAAGCAAAACGAGGAAGGUGUUAAAAGCAGCCACAAAAAGGAGUUUACAGAAGCUCCCCCGCCCAAGGUGAACCCGUGGACUAGGAAUAUGAAUGCGGUGACCGUGGUCAGCGUGAAUGGACAAGCACACCACGAGUCUACCGGCCCCGCCAAGGUGGUGAGAGCAGGGAUCCCGCCCAAAGCCAGACGUGGAGGAAAGGUUGGAGAUUUUGCUGACGCCAACAGCUGGCCGACUCCAGGGGAGAUCGCAACUAAAGACAUGCAGAUUGAGGCAGUGACACGGACCGUGUCCUGCCCGCCGACUGUCAGGCAGGUCAGAGACUCAUGGAGAUUCACUGCUCCUCCUAAGAAGACAUCAACGACGACAACGACAAAGAAGGAGUCUAAGGAGAAGAGAGAGAUCAUCGAGGAAAGCAAGGAGAACCUGAAGGCCAAGUCCGACGACUCUGGAGAGGAGAAGAACGGUGAUGACGACUCCCAGAAGAACGGACCGAAGAAAAAAGGAAACAAGCAGAAGUGGGUUCCCCUGAUGAUCGAGGUGAAGUCCGAGGGUCCCAGGGAGCGCUCGGCCUCCAGGAACAACAGCAGACAGAAUGAAAACCCCCGCCUGCCUCCCAAUGCCAGGAACGACCUCAAAGACUGGCACAGUCAAAAGUACGAGCGGGAAUGGCGUGACGACCACGACGAGGUUUCCAGUGUGAAGAGCGAGGGAGCACCGUUCCGCGGAGGGUUCAGAGGUCGCGGACGUGGAAGAGGAAGAGGCCGGGGACGAGGCAGGGGUGGGAGAGGCCACUAUGACUACCACUACGGCUACAAGUCCUAUGAUAUGAAAGACGGAUCCUUCGGCCAGAAGUUUGGCAACACGGUGACCUACUACUACGACAACAUGAGCAGCAACGACCUUUACUCUGUCGAUCAGGACCUGCUGAAGGACUACAUCAAGAGGCAGAUUGAGUAUUACUUCAGCCUGGACAACCUGGAGCGGGACUUCUUCCUGAGGAGGAAGAUGGAUCAGGAGGGCUUCCUGCCAAUCGGACUAGUCGCCAGUUUCCACAGAGUACAGGCCCUAACCACUGAUGUCAAUCUCAUUCUUGAAGCUUUGAAGGACAGUAAGGAAGUGGAAGUGAUCGACAUGAAGAUCCGUCGGAAGGUGGACCCAGAGAAGUGGCCUCUGCCGGGCCUGAACAUGCCUAACCAAACACACACCGACUUCUCUCAGCUCAUCAACUGCCCCGAGUUUAUCCCGAGGCAGAUGACCGAGGAGCCCACAGGGUCUCCCAGGGCCUCCACACCAGUAAAGCAAAAGAUCAGGACUGAAUCAGACACCUCUAACCUCAAGACGAUGCCCAAGGGCCUCUCCGCCAGCCUCCCCGACCUGGACUCUGAGUCCUGGAUUGAGGUUAAGAAGAGGCCAAGACCCUCCCCGGCCAGACCCAAGGUCAGUGAAGAGGCCCCCUCGUUGCAGCAGCAGAAGGAAAAAGAUGACUUUAAUCGCUCCCCGGUGCCCCAGCCUGGACCCUCGCCCGCCCCUGCUACCUCAGGAAAUAAGGACGGAGCGGAGCAGGACGAACCGGAGGAGCUCGACUUUAUGUUCGACGAGGAGAUGGAGCAGAUGGACGGGCGUCGCAACACCUUCACCGAUUGGUCGGACGAGGAAACGGACGGUGAGAUUGACGACCAAGACGUCAACAAGAUCUUGAUUGUGACACAGACGCCGCCCUACCUGAGGAAGCACCCUGGGGGCGACCGCACGGGACACCACACAUCACGUGCCAAGCUGAGCAGCGAGCUGGUCAAGGUGAUCAACGAUGGGCUCUUCUACUAUGAGCAGGACCUGUGGGACGACACGUAUGAGCCCGAGUACGCCACCAUCAAGCAAGAGGUGGAGAACUUCAAGAAGGUCCACCUGAUCACCCGUGAAGAGUUCGACUGCCUGACCCCUGAACCCCCUGUCGACCCCAACCAGGAAGUCCCCCCAGGCCCCCCACGACCCCAGCAAAUCCCCACAGACGCUUUGGCGAACAAACUCUUUGGAGCUCCUGAGCCCUCCUCAAUAGCUCGCUCGCUCCCAACUACCGUGCCUGACUCGCCCAACUACCGCAGUGCCCGGACGCCACGCACGCCACGCACGCCUCACCGGAAGGACUCAACCAUGACGCCGCGUUUCUACCCAGUGGUGAAGGAGAGCCGGCCUGUAGAUGCCAAGACGCCCAGGAAGAGGAAGACUCGACACAGCUCUAAUCCACCAAUGGAGUGUCAUGUUGGCUGGGUGAUGGACUCCAGAGAGCAUCGCUCCCGUACUGCCUCUGUCAGCUCGAACGCCAGCCCCUCAGAGGGCACCCCAGUCCCUGGCAACAUUGGCUGCACGCCUCAGUCCCUCCCCAAGUUCCAGCACCCAUCUCAUGAGCUGCUCAAGGAGAAUGGCUUCACGCAACACGUUUACCACAAGUACCGCCGGCGCUGCCUAAAUGAGCGAAAGCGGCUGGGAAUCGGGCAGUCACAGGAGAUGAACACGCUCUUCCGCUUCUGGUCCUUUUUCCUACGAGAUCACUUUAACAGGAAGAUGUACGAGGAGUUCAAACAGCUGGUGGUCGAGGACGGAAAAGAGGGAUACAGAUACGGUUUGGAGUGUCUGUUCAGGUACUACAGCUAUGGUCUAGAGAGGAAGUUCAGGCCAGACAUCUUUAAGGACUUCCAGGAGGAGACCAUCAAAGACUACGAGGCUGGCCAGCUUUAUGGACUGGAAAAGUUCUGGGCCUACCUUAAAUACUCUAAAACCAAGACCUUGGAGAUCGACCCCAAGCUGCAGGAGCACCUGAGCAAGUUUAAACGUCUGGAAGAUUUCAGAAUUGAUCCGCCGAUGGAGGAAGGAGGCCGCAGAAGACACUCGUCCAGCGGGGACGGUCGCCGCCGGCACCCCUCCCAGCCCUUGAGCCGGCCCCACAGCCAGACCAGCUCAGGCCCCAGCCCCGCCCCCACCGCCCAUGGCCCCGCAGCCAAGGAUGAUGCCAAACCCACCAGCCAGAAAGCCCCCGCCCCCGCACCAGAUGCCAAGACACUGAAGUAACACCACAAACACGCCGGCUUACAUGGAUCAACUCAACCACGUCUGCAAGUCGCUGGUUCUCUCUGCGCCACAGGAGGGGGGAGGGGGCGUCCAGCUCUUCAUUCAAGCAUGAGAGUAUUGUUUAUUUUUUUUUCCCCUACGACAACUUUUGAUUGAGAAAUAAGGAAGACACAAAUAAUUAAUAUGGUUUAUUAAUUAGUUUUAAGUUUUUGAGAGAAAAUGACCUUUUCUGUCUUAAUGAGGCAAGGAAUGGAUGAGGUGUCAAACACUUUUUUUUUUUCUUUUACAAAUCAUUGCCAGUCCACGCGGUGGAUGGUUUAGUGAUGAUUUACCAUCCUGGAAAUGUUUAUUUCAACUUUUUGUGUUUUUUUUUUUUUUUUUACAUUUUCAUGUUGGCCUCCCCCUCUCUGUCACUGGAACCCCUCUUUCGAUCAUCACUGUCUUGCUGGCUGAAAGAUAUUUGAUUCCUUACCCAGAUCUCAGAUUUAUGAUUAUUAUUUCUUCGGCAUGUGGUGACAUUGGAGACUUUGAAAUAGUUUGAACAACACUGAGUAUCUAAAAGCCCCGCUAGCGGCCCGCUGGAGGCCGUGCUGCUCCUGACAUCCAACCGGACCAAAGUGGUUUGAACAGAGCGACUGUCAUUUCCAUCCGCAGAGCCCCCAGUGCACUCAGCUGAAGGUCUAAAAAUAAAAUAAAAAUAUUUCAUUUACUUUAUGGCUGGACAUUGAGAGGAAAAUAAAAAAGAACCAAAUGAUAAAAGUAGAGGGGAAAAAAAACAACUUGACCCAACCUCUCAAUGUGGACACGAUCAUUGAAAGUUGCCUUAUUUUAAUGGUUUUACUGCUUCUAACUUGUGCCCGCCACCUUAUUGUCGAUUGUACAGCAUUGAAAUCACCCAUAUAUCCGGUCACCGCUUCCAGCAGAGAUCACUAGGUGGUGCUCUUGUCUGCCAAGCUGCCCCCCCCCCCACCCCCCCUUUUCUGAACCGUCUUCCAAUUGUCACUCGUCUGUUACAAGUCCUGUAAUUCUUCCCUUUGUUUGCAAGUCGUAGCUUUUUGUGCUGAAACACGUCAACCAGGGGGAAGCCCCACCCCCCUCUCUGAGAAAAACAUCUAAACAAAACACUGUGGGGUGGAGAGUUUUGGAGAGAGAGUUCCUGAUGAUCUCCCUUUGGGUGCUACCUGACUUUCUCUCUCCCCCUGCGUCUCCCCGUCAGACGAGCUGCAUCCAUCCGUUCGACAUCCAUCCAUCAGUUGACGAUAGUGACGAUUAGGACUGGAAUCAUCAAUCCGGAUUACUUGAAGAAGCGAUGGUUAUGAGGAGGGCCGUCGUGCUCUGUCGCAGGUGCUCUGGGUGGAGGCGCUGAUGAGGCUCAAACGUUUGGUCUUCAACUUCAGGAGGCCAUUUGGGCCUUGAGCGCUCGACACCUUUUUUCUGUUUCACACAGCAAACACAUCAGUUACAGGCAUGAACACUGACGCAAGUACAGAUGUAGCAGCGUGAGCAAGCUGAACACAAAGCUCGACAUCUUGCCUCGCUGUGGACAAAAAUUCAAGACUGGAUUUGAGUCCAUUCACACUCUUCUUCUGUUCAGUCGUCACACUUCCUACAGUCAACUAUGUGGAUAAUUUCAAUCUUUAUCCAACUCGAGUACUGAUGAUAUCAAAUAGAAGAGGGAUUUUCCUCCACUAAUGUAAAUGUGAAUUUGACAGAUGAAGAGAAAUGAUUACAGCUCCCGGCUACUUGUUUUUGUUUAUAGAACAGAUUAUAUAUUUGCCUUACAUGUGUAUGUACUCCUUAACUUUUUUUGUAAUGGUCUCAUGAUUAUCUUUUAAUGCUUUUUAAUUUCAAUUUGCAAUGUUUCUAGCGUUGUUGUUUUUAUGAUGGGUUUGUGUCAGGCUGUAAAAACAUCUGUGGAUUUCAGAAACGGGAACAUAAUUCACGACACAAAAGGGAAAGUGGACAUCAGGGCGUCAACGGGUAUUCAGUGCAGAAACUAAAUCUGUAAGCUAAUAAUAUUUCACGUUGAAAUCACAGUCAAUUUGCUCUUUUUCUUUUAGUAAAGCAAUUUUUUUGCCAAGAUGACAGAGCAGCAUUUCCAACUACAAACUGUUAGAAGAAUUAGUUUAAGUCAUGUAAGUCUCCGGGUUUUCUACAAACACUGAAAUUAUCUGGUUUUGGGGUGCAAAUUGAACAAGAAGAUAUUCAAUUCUGGGGGGAAAAAAAGUCUUAAUACAAGUGUGGAUAUCCAGAUGCUUAGUGAAAUUACCUGUUUUCCGUUAGCUUACAAAGUUUUUGCUUCUGAGUGAAGAGCCAUUUACUGUGAAACAGCACUGUCAGAUGAAAAAGUAAAAAAAAAAACGUUCCGGUGCAUUUGAGGAGUUUGGAAGCUAUCUUUAGAUGGAACUGUGUUGGACGCCUGUCUUUUAUUUUUUAUUUUUGUCUUGGUCCUUUUCCGUAAUCUUUCAGCCUGUUGGUUGAUGUUCCAGCAGAGUGGAGUGGAUUUCACAUUGUCCUGUCAGUGUUUCAGUUCUUCAGUUUCUUCCUCUAAAUCCAGAACUGUUGGAAACAUGAAAAUGCAACGCAAAGCUCUACUUCUUUUUCUUUAAUGUUUUGUUGGUUUUUCUUCAGGGAGAUUUGGAUCAUUUUCAGAGGCUUACAGUUGAUGCAUCAAAGUGUUUACUGGAGGUUUAAAGAUGGAAUAAUAAGAGCUGCAAAAUAUUCAGACAAGGAAAAACUUGCAUUUCCCCCAAAACCAGUGAAGCCUUUGAAUGGGUGAGCUGUGUGUGUGUGUGUGUGUGUGUGUGUGUGUGUGUGUGGGGCUGCAGAUAUGGCACUGUCACUAGGGGGCCUUCUUCCUGGGACAGUCACAUUGUCCCUCCCUCUAAUGUGAUCAUCACAUGCCAUCACCUGUCACCUGACAUUGGGGGUUUCAGGUGUUUUGGAAGUUUUCAGCCUUCUCUAUCAGCAGAGAACUGCUGCUAGCUGUCCAAACAAACUUUAGGGGGCGCCGCACCCUCCUCACGGCAGUUUUACGCGGGCUUGGCCAGCUGGCCGGACACUAGAGAGAUGAGUGAUGGACGUGAGAAAGGGUGGAGCAGAAAAUGAGAACAGAAAGAGCCUGGCUGGGGUUUGUGAUGUCGCUCAGAGGAAUAUGGCUGGUUAUGGUGUCUGAAGACUGAAAAAAGACAAAAUUCCAUAAAGCCAUAUGAAUAAGAUAUAACUGUAUAUGAACCAUUAAAAUAGUUCAUUACAUUACAAUAUCCUAGGCUUGUCAUGAGGAAAAAAAGAUGAAAACAAGGAAAAAAGGAAUAAAAAAAUAUAUAAAAUGGAAAAAUGUAAAAUACUUGAAUGAGAACUUGUAUUAUAACAUUUAAUAUUCAUAAUAUCUGCUUUGUAGGCUGAUGUGAUUCGCUAUUAGUGUUAUUUGUAAUUUGUAGUAAUUAUGCUUUUCCUUUAAUAAAGAAAAAAAAACACAAAACGGACAAAAAAACCUCAAA